UUUGUGCACCGACUAAAGUUAGGGAUGUCUUUAGUCCAAGACGGGCGUCUGAUAUUUCUCUGUUGGUUAAGUGGCAAGCGGUGGCAACGUGUAUGUAUAGGGAAACGUUUUGUCGUUACAGUCUGAUGCAUUUUAGCCUAUAUUGUAGGCUAUAGUCUGGCGAUAAUAAGGAUUUUCCGAGGCUGCCCAUAGGAAUAACCGAGGGAUACAUUUGCGAUAUUAAAUUCAUUGAAAGGUUUUGGUGUUAGCGCUCUCUUCCCUGGCAUAGAAGCCUGAGCCGCUGCCCACAGUUGUCGGAGCCGUGGGUGCAAUGAGGAUCUGAGCGCUGCCUGCCUGCCUAUCAGGACAGCCAUGGCGGAGCUCGAGAUAGAUCAAUCCAACCUGCCUCGGGUCGAAGAGGUGUGCCAGUCUUUCGCUGUUCUGGAAGAUGGGGCAUUGGCACACAACCUACAAGAGCAGGAAAUUGAGCAGUACUACAGUGCCAACGUGGAGAAGAACCAGCUGGUGCAGAGGGAUAUCCGGAUCGCCCGCCGACUGCAGGACGAGGAGCACCACCAGCUGCAGCAUCUCUCUCGCCAGCGAGAGGAGCAGGACUCUGAGUAUGCACGCAUAGUUCAGGAGGAGCUGCAGAGGUGUGCAGAGGAGGCCCACCGCAGGGAGGAGGAGGACCAGGAAAUCGCUAAGCGUAUACAGGAAGAGGAAGAACUUCGCGCCAGACGGAGGGGUGGCUGUCACUCGAGUGCAAGCCGAGAUGGCACCGGUCCAGGUUCCUCAUAUCCAACCCACCCUGAUCACGCCUGGGCUUGUGAGCAUGACAGGCCCUCGCGUCACUGGCACCCACCCAGAGACAGACGCUCUCCCUCCCUCUCGCCUUCCCCAUCGCCCUCUCCUCCCUCGGAUUCGGAAUACGGGCCUGUCCGUUAUCCCCAUGACCGGUAUCCCAAUGAUCCCAAUGACCGGAAUCCCAAUGAACGUUAUCCCAAUGACCGGUAUCCCAAUGAUCCCAAUGACCAGAAUCCCAAUGACCAGUAUCCCAAUGACCGGUAUGCCAAUGAGCGGUUCCCCGAUGACCGGUUCACCGAUGACCAGUUUCCCGACGACAGGCCUGCGAGGCGGAGGAGCCGGCCGAGCCCGGUGGUGGGCCCGGCGGAGACGGUGGCGCCGGGCGCUCCCUUCUCGGGCAGCUGGGCGGACGCCCUGCGGCUGAUCAAGCAGGACAUGAGCGAGCAGGGCUACGCCAGCGGCAGCUCCGAGGACGAGCUGCCCGCCUCGCCCCUCCGCCGCCUGGAGAGGGUGGUGCUGAGCAGGGAGCAGGAAGCCGCCGCCGAGCGCCACCCGAGCCGCCAGAGCGGCUGCCGUGCGGGGGACCGGGGGGAGGACGGGCGCAGCGGCUCGGGCCACGGAGACGAGCGAGGGUGGAGGUCAGAGCCCCGGGCUCUGAGGCACUCGGCCAGCGUCCGCCACAGCUCCGCGAGCGACUGGCGGCCAACUCGACCGCUGGAGCGUGUGGGCAGCUGGGCCUCGAGCCACAGCAGCGACAAGCACGUCCACUUCCAAGACGACAGGAGGCGCUCUAACGGCUACCACCGCGACGGCAGACGAGCGUACGAAGGAAGCUACGAAGGCUUCAGGGAAAACGGUGGCGCGGCGAGCUACAACGGAGAGUCCCGGCUGGCGAACGGCCGAAGCAGAGGCCAGCAGACGUAUCCAAGCGAUUACGACGGGAACCGCCCACAGCAGGUUCCGCCCUUGCAAAGGAGCGCCUUCGCCAGGCGCAGUUACCACGGCGACGCCAGGCGGAGCCAUAGACACUCCUUCCGGGACGGCCGCGGCAACGGCUACCACCGGAACGGCACCGGCACCCCCGCCGCGCGCUGCAUCCCAGAGGAGCGCGGAGAAGAGCCGGCGGAGGCUUCCGGCCCGAGGGAGCGGUCAUCCUGGGACCGGCGGAGCUGCCGGAGCUCCAGGGAGCACAGAGGCCGCCCCGACUACGCCGGGCAGCGUCCGGCCGCGGGCAGAGAGGAGGGGGACGGCUGGAGAGCUCGGCGCUGGCACAGUGAGCGCAGGCCGGCGGGGCACUGGCAUCGGGGGCCGGGCGGCGAGGAUGGGGUCAGCUCGGGGGAGGAGGGCGCGUGGGAGAGGAGAGCGGACAGUCACACCGCACCUUCACACAGAAGCGCCGACACAGGUGUGCCCGUGAGGCCGAAGGGCGCCCCCCUGGCCAUGGGGGACCUGCAGCAGGUGCUGCUGGACGAGGAGUUGGCGCGCAGGCUCCAGGAGGAGGAAGAGCGGCUCCUCCGAAGGAGCCCCAGGCAGUCAUCCCCUCCAAGAAGGGUUUGUGCGGAGGGGGACUUCAGGGUUGCUCAAGAGGCCCAGGAUGAGGAAAUUGCACGUUUCAUGCAGAAACAGGAAAUAAAGGCCAAGCGUGGCUGGAUGGAAGCGGAGGCCCCGGGGUCGAGUCCUGAUGCUCACGACCACUGCAGCGACCGAAGAGCUGCCAGGCAGAGACAGAGGGAAAGACUUGACUCCCAAGGCCUGCCUUCACCGCCAGAGGACUAUCAACCUGACGAACAAUCCCCCAGCCCAGUCGGCGUGGCAGCUCAGCAGCAGCCACCUGCCAUGAAUAUAGCCGAAGCCCUGGACCCAACAUUCCAGGCCAAGAGGAUGGAAAACUUUCAAGUGGGACAGCCAGGUCUUGGUAUGUCUGAAGGUCUGCCGCAGGCUCAGUCAGGCUGCUACAACGCGACAGAGCAGCCUGCCUUUGUCCAGCCCACCAAACGGCCAAACGAAACCAAGCCGGGCCGAGCAAAAGCCAAAGAGAAGAAGGAGAAUGCCAAGCAGAAAGAGAACUGCAAGCAGCAGUGAUACUGGCCACCGUCAUUCAGUUCCUACACACUCAGUCCAGUACAACAUGUUUGUACAGCAGCUGUUAUUACGUACCCUUCCUCCCAGCGGAGUUCAGUUACAGAAAUGCUCAGUUCACGGAAGCUAUUCACCCCCGGCCCCCGGUCUGAUUUUCUUGCGUUGGGUUUUGGCCUUAACCUCUUAGAAAUGUACUGUUUCAGAGGCAUGAGAAUUUAAAGGGGAUAAUUGAUUUAGCAGAACAUGAAAUCGAAAGUAAAUAUUAUAAAGUUAA